UUAUAUUUGUAUACGCGUAAAUCGUAGUGAUUUUUUUGAUUAAAUUAUGGCAACUGUUUUGUUAAAGUGCUAAUUAGUCAAUAGACAUGUAAAUUUUGUCGUGUAAUUUAUAGUAACUAAAGUCAAUUUGCUCGCUGGAGAGAGGAUGUACUUUCCUUUGGGCUGGCCCAAGCGCGUCAGCUUGGCGCUGCCUGGCGAAGCGACUCACAUACGUCACAUAAGCUGUGAUGCUGUCAAAAUACUCGUCGCCGCCGUUGACUCGGAUAUUCUGGGGAUUUGGUAUGCGAACCCUCUGCUGCCCAUUGCUUACUAUCGGCGCAGCGCCGAAUCUCUGCAGGAGUUUGGCAGCAAUCAAUUGAUCAUAUGGAAGCCUGACUCCAGACAACUGGCCGUGUUAACUGACGCCGGCGCAUUGCUGUUGUAUCAAUUGGACUUUGAUGCCAAUGGUAGUGGGAUACUAAUGCAGGUAGAUCCGCCUGCAUUGAGUCUGAAAAGAGAUUCAGCUGAGCUGUUCAUCAAGGAAAACAUUCCCCGCCUGAGUCUGCGCGAGGUGCGUUGCUUAAAGCUAGACGCUGUCAUCUCCACCGUGUGCUGCAUCAGUCUGAGUGAGCUGCUUUUGGCUACGGAAACAUGUGAGCUACUGCGUCUGCAGUGGUCACAGCUGGAAACAGUAACAGAGGAGCUAAAACCGUUGGCUGUCAUUAAACUCCGCGACAUUCCGUUCUAUGUGCAGCAACAGCAGCAGCAACCUGCUAAAUAUUUACCGACCAUGGGUAACUCGGCCUUUGUGGCUUGUCUGGAGUAUUCACCCUUUAUUGGCGGCUGUGCGGCCGUAUUCAGUGACCAGCGUGCGGCGUUUCUGGUAGCGGAUCAUCUGCGUUUCGAGACGGCACACAUGCACGGCUGCUGGGUGCCAGAUGUUGCGGAUGCUAGUGUCUGCAGCGUGAACCAUAAGUUUCGACUGUUGGCCUACGGACAGCAGAGCUCAGCGGUGGCUGUGUACGCAAUAGACGAUGCUACGGCCGGCUUGGAGUACUCACACAGACUCGUGUUGACGGAGAAUGUGCCGCCUGGCAGUUUGGGCGCUGUUAACGAGCUCAAGUGGAGUCCUGAUGGUUGUGUGCUUGCUGUGAGCUGGGCGAAUGGCGGCUUGUCACUGUGGAGCACCUUUGGCUCACUUCUGAUGUCUACCUUGAGCUGGGACUUUGGACUACAUGUGGACUUGGUUAAGCAUAAUCCGUUGCAGCUGCGUCGCUUGGAAUGGUCCACCGAGGGCUAUCACCUGUUUAUGACCUGUCGCGAGGGCGAGGACAAUGUUCUCCAGUUGCAGUUCGUGAAGAGCGCCUUGAGCAUGAAUCCCUGCAUGAGCGCACAUUCGCAUAUUCUGCUUCAAGGCGACGAUUGCUUGUACAUCAAUCAGGGAGAUAAUUUGGAGCAGACCUAUGGCAAUGCCAAGUGCACAUUUCCCAGCAGCUCAGCUGGCCAGAACGACGACUGUCUGGAACUCAAGCAGAGCCCGAAUAUGGGCAGCAUUUUAACGGAAAGUAAAUACUGGACGCUGCUGCAGCUGCCUCUCAAUUACGCAGCAACCAAUUGGCCAAUACGCUAUGCAGCCAUAGACGCAGCUGGCUUACAUGUCGCCGUAGCGGGACGCACCGGAUUGGCACACUAUUCGAUGCUCAGCAAGAAGUGGAAGCUGUUUGGCAACGAGUCGCAGGAGAAGGACUUUGUGGUAUCCGGUGGCCUUCUCUGGUGGCAGGGCUUCAUUGUCAUGGGCUGCUAUUCUCUGCUGGAUCGCACGGAUGAGUUGCGCUGCUAUCCCGCCGAAUGCAAGCUGGAUAAUCAGUACGGACACAAGUUACAGGUGCGCGCCCCUGUCAUCAGCCUGAAUGUGUUCAGGGAUCAAUUGAUUGUGCUCACGGCUGACGGCAUAGUCAGCCUCUUCCAUAUGUACAGACAGUCGGCGUAUAUCAUAAACAUCGAUUGCGCCUAUGAGCUAGACGUAAAGAGCAUUUGCAUACAUCCUGCUUGCAUUGUAAGCCUCACAGUUACCAAUCUCAGGAACGAGCUGAAGCCACAGCAGCAGCAGGCUGAGGCAGAGACGAUUGUGGUCAAUGUUUGUGGACGCGUUCUGAUGAUCCAAAGGGAUGAGGCGGCACAACAGGUGCCCAAUACGCUGCUUGCCACCUGUUUGGCCAGCUGUGUGGAAUGCUUCUGGCUCUCCCACAAUCUGGAGCACUGUGCGAUGCGCGAUUGCCUCUGGCUGUACUCUGGUGCGCACGGCAUGCGCGUCUGGCUGCCCAUUUUGCAGCAGCGCUCGGAGCAGAGCGGCCCACAGCGUCUGCACAGUUUCAUGUCCAAACGCAUAAUGCUUAGCUUUCCGCUAAAGCUCUACCCGCUGGUCAUACUCUUCGACAAUGUGAUUGUUUUGGGCGUGGAGAACGAGAGCGCUUUGUACACGAAUGAGGCGAACUCGCAUUUUGCCUUACCUUUUGCUAUAAUGGAACGCAAAUCGCAGGUGUAUCUGCACAAGGUGCUCAGGCAGUUAAUCAAACGCAACCUGGGCUAUUCGGCCUGGGAGAUUGCGCAGUCUUGCCGUAGUCUGCCCUACUUUCCGCAUGCCCUGGAACUGCUGCUCCAUGAAGUGCUGGAGGAGGAGGCUAGCAGCAAACUACCCAUACCUGAUGCACAGUUGCCCAGCAUCUUGGAUUUUAUACGCGAAUUUCCUGUCUAUCUACAGACAAUUGUGCAAUGUGCGCGUAAAACAGAAAUUGCACUCUGGCCCUAUCUGUUCAGCAUGGCGGGCAAGCCCAAGGAGUUGUUCCAUUUGUGCCUGCAGGCGGAGCAGCUGGAAACGGCGGCCAGUUAUUUAAUCAUUAUACAGAAUCUUGAGCCCUCCUCAGUGAGCAAACAGCAUGCAAAUAUGCUGCUGGAUAUCGCAUUGAAUCAACGAAAAUGGGAGCUUGCCAAGGAUCUUAUACGCUUCCUUAAAGCCAUUGAUCCGAAUGAGAUUGAUUCGCCGCGUUGCUCCAUGGUAUUGAAUGUGAAAAUCGCGCCACCUCAGCCACAGACCCAAGCGCAGGUCAAUCCAAAUGCGGAUGCCUUCAACUUGGUGCUUGGACCCAUUGCGACGCGGGAGCGCAGCUAUUCCACCACAGUCACCAGCAACUUGCCCAAGGACAACAAACAGCAGAGCAUGGCCGCAUCUGUGGAGCGUAGCGAGGCGGCCAGCGGCGGCGGCGCUGGCAGCAACACCGGCGCAGCGACUGUUAUCCGUCGAAGAUCCACCAAGGAGCGGCAACAGCGUGAAAUCUUUUGCAUCGAUCUUAUACUGCAGCGGCAUGCGCGGCAGCUGCUGCAGCAGCAUAAGCUGCUGGACCUGGGCUAUAUGGGCGCCUAUCUGGACUUCCAUCUGGUCAGCUGGCUUACGCAGGAGUCCACAGGUGCCGCCAGGCUGGAUAAUUUUGCAGCGGCACUGCAAGCGUUACACUCCGAGCUGCAGUUGCCCAGUCCGUUUCCGGCUGCGGGGCGUGAUGAUUUUGCGCAGCUCCGCAGCACGAAUCGGCAGGGGGCCGGCGGAGCUGGUGGCUCAUCAUCGCAAACUUCAGAGUCGGGCUACUUUAGUCUGGCCGCGCAGCUGGAGUCGCCGCAGUUGCAGCCCUGCAUCAAGGAGCAGGAGGAGCUGCAGCACAGUUCUCUGCCCGUUAUGAAGAAUCGUUCCAAUUCACAGCUAUCGUUUGAUAACUUUCGCUAUCGACGCCUCUACUCGCUACCCGCCUCGGAGGAUGACAACAGCGAUGUGGUGGCCAGCUAUCUAAACGACAAGUUGGCCAUUAAGAUGCGCUAUUUGCUGCAGCUAUUCAUCGAGGCCAAUUGCACGGACUAUGCGCUCAUGCUGUCUAUAUUGCUGCAGGAUGCGGCCUCCAUAUCGCGCAUUGUCAAUGUUGUCAUACGCAGCGAGUCCGUGGGCGCUUGCAGACGCAUUGAGGCCGCCCUCAAGCAACUCAGCCAGUGCACAUUCGACAACGGCGGCUCCAUGUAUCGGGGCUUUGUGAUGACCCUGCAGCCGCACAUUUACCUGCUGGAACAGUACAUCCAAUCGCUGGGUGAGACGCCGGUGCACGAUAGCAUUGACGAUGGUAAUGAAUUGGGCGGCGAUUCGUCGUCUGGCCUGGAGAGCGAUGCUUUGGAUGGAUCGAACAAUAACUUUGUGCCAAAAUGCCAGCAAAUGCCAAAUGGCAAUCAGCGGUCGUCAGAGCAGCGUCUGACGCGGCAUGCCAGCCUCGAAUCCAAAUCAAAAUCCAAUGGCAAUCCGACGAAUACUUCCUCAACGCAGUCCACGCCCACACAGCACGCGCAGCGGCGUGCCAGUCGAGAGGGUCCGCGGGAUGGCUGUGGGAUCAUGUAAACACAGACGCAGUACGCAUACGGAUAUAGAAUUAACAUACUCAGUGAGUGUACGUAAUUGGUGUGUUAGGUGAGGGACGAUAUGUGUUUGUUGCAUGUUGCUGUACAUUGCAUAUGUAGUUGUCGUUAAAAGAUUUGUUAAUUGUUAGCCGAACUCUUACAGGAACACACACAACGAAACGAGCAUCGUUGAAGGCAAAUACUUGUAUUAAGAUACGUAAAUGUAAUUAUUCAUAAAUUAA